AUGCCUAGACCAGCUCAAGAGGACAUCAUAGACCUAACAUACGACAGCGAGCCAGAAAAUGCUGGACAUCCGGCGGCCGCGGGCCCACGUCACAAUGAGGUCCGAAUUCCACCGCUCAGCGCAGGAGCGCGCCAGCAGCUGUAUACGGCCAUAGAGACGUGCCCCGAGGACAAACUGCGGGACGUUCUAGCGAACAUGGUGGCAGACGACGCCGUCUCGGCGCAUGCACUGUUCGAGAACCUGGUUGCCGAGGACCGCCUCGCUCGGCCACGCGCUGCGCAGGGACACGCUGGAGGGGCACCGGAAAUGAUCUCCCGAUGGGCGACCUGCUUGCGCUGCGGCGAAGACUUCGACGUGGCCGAAGAACGGGAAGAGGAUGAAUGCAUGUAUCAUCCUGGUACGCCUAUACUCGACGAGGAGGGGUUUCCGGACCAUGACGAGGAUGUGCACGGUCCUAUGGACACUCCAGAGAACAGGGAGUCCUUCCCGGAAAGUUUCUUCUGGUCUUGUUGUAAAGAGGACGGCCGGUCGCAUGGUUGCACCGAAGGGACGCACGUCCCUGAGAUGCCAGUCUCAAAGAAGAGGCGAACGAGAUACUAG